AUGUCGGAUCCGUUCUCGAUCGCAAGCGGCUCAGCCGGGCUUGUGUCCCUCGGACUCACAUUGUGCAAGGGCUUAGCCGAAUACAUCUCGGCUAUCAAAAGUCAUGGUGAAGAUGUCAGAAACCUCGAAACGAAGCUGAAUACCCUUCAGAUGUUUCUGGCGGCUGUUGAUACAACCCUGAAAGAACUGCCUCAUCUGCAGGGAUGUCGGUUGCCUGGAGAUGUCGUCAAGUUAGUGGAGGCUUCACUAGACCAAUCCAAGGACGGGAUGGUGAGACUGGCUGGACACUUGGAAGAAUGCUCACGGAGAAUUCAGUCAACAUGUUCUUUACCUGCAUGCCCAUCAAACCUCCAUAAGAUGGGAAAGAGAGCAGUAUACUAUUUCCGCAGGGGGACCCUGAAAGAGCUUGAGCAAAUGCUCGGAUCUGUCCAAGACCAGCUCAGCCUCUCUCUGACUCUACUAAACGUGCGUUUCUUGACCUCUCAAUCUCAAGAUUAUCGCCAAAUUGCCGAGUACAUGUCAUUAUCGACUACAAGACUCCUCAGCCUCCAAUCCUCUGUCACUGGCCUCGAGAAAAACAUUUCAAAUACUUCUGAGACCGUCACCACUCUAUCUGAGAAACUCGCCAUGGCUCAAGACAGCUUGCAACUUACUACCGCGCAAUUUCACGAGUUAGCAACAUCAUUGCAGCGUCUCCUCCAGAGGGUCAUCUCACUUCUUGCGCUUAUUGCAAUCCCUCUCCUGAACGUGACCUUGACCGUCUUGAGACGUGCCUACCGAGAUGUACCACGGAGCAUUCUUUCGCUUCCUACAGACAACAUCCUCUUUGAGGAUAUGAUAGGUCGGUCAUUCAGUCUUCAAUUCAGCUUGGUCUGUGAAUGGCAAAUUUUCGAGGCCUUCCUCACAACCCGUUUUGAAGAUACCCCAGGCGAGUCUUUUGUCAACUCCGGUCAAUAUCAUCUGCUUGAUGGACUACAGGGCACAGUACUCCCGAGGUCACGACGAGGGUGGGCCAAUUCCAUCUCCCCCGGCUCCAAGGUAGUCAUGUCUCUACGAGCUGAGAACCACUUCCCGGAGCACUGCCCAAGAUGCGGUGCUGCGCUAAACAACGGACCAGGGAGCCGUGUGGUAAAAUGCACCACUAUUGGAUGCUGGACCGCUUUCCAAGAGACCAGAGACGCGAUUGAAGAUUUCCUAGAGAAUGGCUCCGAGCUGGAGGCUCUGAACACGACCACAAUCAUUCCAUUCAACCUCCGAGCCAAGGGCCUUGCUCUGGACCUCGUCGUGCAAAACAUGGCCAACGCCUUCAACCAGUUUUUCAACCCCAUCGCCCUGCAGGCCAUCAUCUGGAAGUACUAUGCAGUGUACAUCGCCAUCGACAUUGCCUAUGCCAUGGACAUCUAUCUGUGGUUCCCUAAGACGAAGGAGUUUACCAUUGAGGAGACCUCCCUUGUCUUUGACUUUCCUGGAAAGGACGGUCGCAAGAUGGCGGCGACUGCCCUUGCGAAUCGAAUACGUGAGGGGGGGGACACUGAUAGGGAGUCUGACAGUGUGAAGGUGGACAUGAACCAUGUUAAGUCCAAGUAG